AAGAAAACCAAACCCAAUGAUCUGGGGAAGGAUGAUGUUCAGCUACUUCAAGACUAUAUAAGAAUCUGCGAGGCCAAAAUCAACUUGUUGAAUGAAAAGAACUCCAUCACGGAGUCGACGUCGAUUUCGGUCGAUGAUAAACAGAAAUUUUUCAAUUUGAAAUUCAAACCACGAUUCGAUAAAAUCAAUAAUAAUCAAGUCAAAUUAAGAUCGAAAUUACUGUUUUUGAAUAAUGACUCGAUCGAUGACACCGACUUGAUCAACUCGUUAUCGGAAAACCCUUCUCCUGCUAAACAAGACUCGCUCAACCAAUUAGACGGAAUCGAUUUCACUUCUGAUUUCUCCGAUACCAACAUAGAUGAUGCACCUCCUUCUCCAAAUCAAUUGAAAAUGAACUUGGAAGAGGCAAGACAGAUUGUGCUUAAUACUAAAAGUAAUCAUCCACCCCCUCCUGCUCCUCUUCCGCAUAGCGACAACGAUGAUGAAGAUGAUUUCGGGAAUAACACCUUUGAAGGCUUGUAUACCCCACCAAACGAAGCGGAUGAUAAUUACGACUUGAGCGACUUCAUCGAUGACAACGAUGAUGCCUCGGUGGAUGACUCGUACCGUGAAACCCAAGUCCGUUUGGAAAGCGAAAACAAUAAUAUCAUCGUUGACGAUGAUGAAAUUAACAAUUUGAAAUUAUCUCAAGACGUUGCUGAUAAAUUGGGAGUCAACUAUAACGUGGCCAACUCAGAAAUUGAUUUGGUAAGUGAUGUAGAUGAUAACUCAACCAUGAAUGAUAAAAAACCAAACUUAGAAGAAAAAGAAUUCGAAGAUACCGUCGAGGAAAUUGAUGAUUUGGAUUGUACUACUCAAUUUAAUCAAGAACGUGAAUUGAAUAAUCAUGAUAUUAUAGAAAUAAGUUCCGAUGACGACGAUGAUGAUGAUGAUAUCGGUAAUAGGAAUGAUGAUGAAAUCGAUGAAAUUGUUAGUUCUUCCAUUCCUACUUUCCCUGCUAAAACUCAAAAACCAAUUCCAAUUUCUAAUGAUAGUGAUUUUGGUGAUACUGAUGAUGAAGAAUUACUUGAGCUAAUGAAUAAUAACUCCUCCAAAUCAACCUUGCCCUCAUCUACUCAAUUACCUCAAGAUAUCCCUCCAGGAUCCGAACCUUUUAUUAAAGACGUUUAUAGUGUAUUACUAAGAGUUUUCAAGUUACCUGAUUUUAGACCAAAUCAAUUAACAGCAAUUACUUCGGCCUUAAUGGGUAAAGAUGUAUUCGUGUUAAUGCCAACCGGUGGUGGGAAAUCAUUAUGCUAUCAAUUACCAGCUUUAAUUAAAUCGGGUAAAACAAAAGGAACCACCAUUGUUAUAUCACCAUUGAUAUCUUUAAUGCAAGACCAAGUUCAACAUUUGAUAAAUAAAAAUAUAAAAGCAAGCAUGAUUAGUUCAAGAGAUAACGAACGAGAGAAAAAUUCUGCCAUUAAAUUUUUCAAAGAUGGUCUAUUAGAUUUGGUUUAUUUAUCGCCAGAAAUGAUUAAUACUUCGACUAGAAUUCAAAAUAUAAUUGACAAGUUAUUUCAACAAAAUUUAUUAGCAAGAGUUGUCGUUGAUGAGGCACAUUGUGUUAGUAGUUGGGGGCAUGAUUUCAGACCAGAUUAUAAAAAUAUGAAUAUGUUUAAACAAAAAUAUCCUUCUUUACCUUUGAUGGCGUUAACGGCUACUGCAAAUGAAAAAGUUAGACUUGAUAUUAUUCAUCAUUUAAAUAUGGAUGAUCCAAUCUUAUUGAAGCAAAGUUUCAAUCGUACUAAUUUAUACUAUGAAGUUAGACCUAAAAUAAGUGGAUAUCUUGACUGGAUUAAAGAUUAUAUUUCUACUAAACAAAAAAAUAAGUCUGGUAUCAUAUAUUGUCACUCAAAACAACUGUGUGAGACAACUAGUGAUAAAUUAAAUUCUUGGGGUAUUAAAGCUUCAUUUUAUCAUGCGGGUCUUGAUCCAAAUGAAAGAUUUAAAAUACAACAAUUAUGGCAAAAUAAUCAUUUACAAGUAAUUUGUGCUACAAUUGCAUUUGGUAUGGGGAUUGAUAAACCAGAUGUUAGAUAUGUUAUUCAUUUGUUUAUUCCAAGAAACUUAGAAGGUUAUUAUCAAGAAACUGGGAGAGCUGGGAGAGAUGGUAAACCUUCCGAAUGUUAUUUAUUUUUCCAUUCAAGAGAUGCAGUCACAAUUCAAAAUUUUAUUCAAAGGGAUGAUUCACUUGAUGAUAUUGGUAAAGAAAGUCAUUCCGCUAAAUUAAGACAAGUGAAACAAUAUUGUGAAAAUAUAUCCGAUUGUAGAAGACAACAAGUUUUAUUAUAUUUUAAUGAAAAAUUUGAUCCAAAAAAUUGUAAUAAAAAUUGUGAUAAUUGUGCAAGAUCAAAUAAGGUUAAAACAAUUGAAAAAGAUUUUACUGAACAUGCUAAAAAUAUAUUAUUAAUGGUCAAAUCAAUUCAAAAUCAAAACGUUACAAUGUUACAGUUUCAGGAUAUUUAUAAAGGAUCAAGAAAUGCUAAAAUUUUACAAUCAAAUUUCCAUUAUAAUGAAUAUCAUGGUAAAGGAUCAAUUUUGAAUAAAAUUGAAAUUGAAAGAAUAUUUUUCCAUUUAAUUUGUGAAAGUUAUUUAGUUGAAUAUCAAAUCAUGAAAGGUGGUUUUGCAUCGAAUUAUCUUAAAUUAGGUAGAAAAGCUAAUUUGAUUUUAGAAAAAGGAGCUAAAGUCAUAAUCAUGAUAAGUGAAGAAUCUCUUUAUAAUUCAAGACCUAAUAGUAAUAAGAAACGAGCACCAGCUUUGAAUCGUUCCAAUACUUUUGCUGCAGGUAGUACUAACAUAAACUUGAAUGAAUUUAGAUUUAAUUCAUUUGUUAGUGCAAGAGAAGAAUUAAUCGAACAAAAUAGCAGUAAUAAGGGAAGUAUCAUUGAAUUACCAAACAAUGAAUUUUCCAAAGAAAUCGAUGAAGGAAAUAAACAACAUGUUGAAUUUUGUUAUAAAGAGUUAAAUAACUUAAGAAUUCAAAAAUCUUUUGAACUUGGCUAUGGACAAAGUAACAACUUUAUCAAUGAGCCGACAUUGAAGGAUAUGUCGAUUAAGCUACCAACCAAUAAGAAGGAUUUCAUUAAAUUAAAGAAUCUUAAUAAGGAUCAACAAGAAUAUUUCAUGCAUUUUAAAAAGCUAUUGAUGCAAUUAUCGAGAGAGAGAAAGAAAAUUUCAAAUGGGACCCAGGAUAAGUCACCUUAUUUCAAUACCAGCGAACAAGAUCAACAGAUAUUGAACGAGUUGAGAAAUACAUACUCCCAGAAUAAAACUCAAAGUAGAACAAGUGGUACUCAAAACAGAAGUUCUCAAAACAAGCAUCGGGUCCACAAGCCCAAAAAGUCGAGCCAAAGAUCACAA